AUGCGCACGCUUCCCUUCUCCAUUGCUGCGGCCUUGGCCCUGGCGGCCAACCCGGUCUCUGCCUUCUUCAGGUUGCCCUGCUCUCGUCCCGUCACUCUCCAGCGCGCCGACCCUAUCGUCAACCCAGGACAGCUGUCAUCGCACGCUCACACUGUCAUGGGAGGGAACGGAUUCAACUUUACGAUGGAUUACGAUACGGCAAGGGCCUCAACUUGCACCACCUGCAAGGCCCGCGAGGACCUGAGUAACUAUUGGAUCCCUAACCUCUACUACCGCGGCCCCGACGGCACCUUCCAAGAUGUACCCCAGUCUGGUGGUAUGCUGGUGUAUUACCUUCAACGAUCAGACCCCAAGGACCCAGAGUAUGAAAAGGGCUUGCUUGCCUUCCCUGAGGGCUUCCAGAUGCUGGCUGGUAACCCGCACCUGCGAAGCUUCAAGAACACGCUGGAGCAACGAGCCAUCUCAUUUGCCUGCCUCGGGGUAAGCGGGCCAGAGACUCACGAGAUCCCUUCCCAUAAUUGCCCUAACGGGUUGCGGGCUCAGGUCAUGUUCCCCUCGUGCUGGGAUGGUAAGAAUCUGGAUUCGCCCGACCACAAGAGGCAUAUGGCGUAUCCAGAUCGCGUUGACAGUGGCGUUUGCCCAAAGUCGCAUCCAAAGCGCCUGGUCACGAUAUUCUAUGAGGUAGUCUUUGAGAUCGAUCAGUUCAAGGACAAGUGGCAUGGUAGCUCGCAUCCAUUUGUUUUCUCCACCGGCGAUCCCACCGGAUACGGGCUACAUGGUGACUUUCUCAACGGAUGGGAUGUCAAGGUCCUGCAGAAGGCAGUGAAAGAGUGCACUGACGAUUCUGGGGUCAUUGAAAAGUGCCCCGCACUUACUUUCUUCGACGACGACGCCAUGAACGGAUGCCGAGUGCCUGUUCGAGUCGACGAAAAGACAACUGGUGUCCUCAAAGCUCUCCCCGGAUGUAACCCCGUCACCUUCGGCCCAGAGCCUGCUACCCCUAUAAUGGGAGAUGCGUGCAACGCUACAAAGAAGAUCAGCCCACCAAAGUGGCCCUUUACCGACGUUACCGACACCAAGAAGUUCAGCUACCUUGGAUGCGCCAAGGACGCCUACGGUUCCCGCAGCCUUAAUAUGGCACAGAAAAGUGGCGAUAAGAUGACGAUUGAAUCAUGCCUUGACUACUGCGAAGAAAAAGGCUACUCACUUGCUGGUCUCGAAUAUGGUCGAGAGUGUUACUGCGGAAAUACGAUGGAAAAGAGCCAUCUUCCCGUCAAAGGACAACUUGGUAAAUGUGAGAUGCCUUGUGCCGGAAACAAGGAACAGGUCUGCGGAGGUCCGGGUGCGCUUUCUCUUUACCAAAAGUGCAAGCCAUCGGAAGGCUCCUGCAAGAAUGCCCAGAUUAUGUAG